AUGCUACUUUUUCUCUCUACAAUCGCGGUUCCAUCCAUUUCCCGCGUAAAAUUCCUUCCCAAACCCUCACUCUUCACUUUCACAUCUCUCCGCCGAAUCCGACUUCCCCAUAAACAUUCUCCCCGCACCGUCUCUUGCGUCGCAAAUGAACUACACAACCGAACUCCCAAACGCGAUGGAGACCUUGUCGUCUUGGGCAUCGAAACUAGCUGCGACGACACUGCCGCCGCCGUCGUGAGAAGUGACGGUGAAAUUUUGAGCCAAGUGGUGUCUUCUCAGGCAGAUCUGCUAGUGAAGUAUGGAGGUGUUGCUCCAAAAAUGGCAGAAGAAGCUCACUCACAAGUGAUAGACCAGGUUGUGCAAGAAGCCCUUGAUAAAGCUUAUAUGACUGAGAAGGAUCUCACCGCUGUUGCUGUCACUAUUGGUCCUGGUUUAAGUCUCUGCCUUCGUGUGGGGGUGCAGAAAGCUCGGAGAAUUGCGGGGGGAUUCAAUUUACCAAUUAUUGGCAUCCAUCACAUGGAGGCUCAUGCUUUAGUGGCUAGGCUAAUCGAGAAAGAUUUGCAGUUUCCAUUCAUGGCUCUACUUAUUUCAGGUGGACACAAUCUACUCAUUCUUGCACGGGAUCUUGGGCAAUACAUACAACUUGGAACUACAAUAGAUGAUGCUAUUGGUGAGGCUUAUAACAAGUCAGCAAAAUGGCUUGGACUUGACAUGAGUAGAAGUGGUGGUCCUGCUAUAGAGGAGCUUGCUAGGGAGGGCAAUGCUAAAUCAGUUAAUUUUUCUAUUCCAAUGAAGCAGCAUAAAGAUUGCAACUUCUCCUAUGCCGGUUUAAAAACCCAAGUAAGGCUGGCAAUUGAGUCCAAAAAGAUAGAUGUGAAAAUUCCUAUUUCUGCUGCAAGUUAUGAAGAUCGAAUGUCACGGGCUGAUAUUGCUGCUUCUUUUCAGCAGGGAAUUGCAGUGUUACAUCUCGAGGAAAGGUGUGAACGAGCAAUACAAUGGGCAUUGAAGAUGGAGCCUUCUAUAAGACACUUGGUUAUCUCAGGCGGUGUUGCAUCAAAUCAAUAUGUUAGGGCUCGGCUAGAUACGGUUGUGAAGAAGAAUGGCCUACAACUUGUAUGCCCUCCUCCCCGGCUUUGUACCGAUAAUGGUGUAAUGAUUGCUUGGACCGGUAUUGAGCACUUUCGCGUUGGAAGAUAUGACCCUCCACCUCCUGCAGAAGAUCCAGAAGACUUUUCCUAUGAUGUACGCCCAAGGUGGCCGUUGGGAGAAGAAUAUGCUGAAGGAAGAAGUGAAUCUCGCUUCUUAAGAACGGCACGAGUUCAUCCUUCUCUUACAUCUCUAAUUCAAGCAUCAUUGCAACAGUGA